UCAGAGGCGGACGCUGCACUCGUCUGACCAAUCAGCAGUCGGCUCUUGGUCGAUCACUGAUGACGCAUACGAAGCAUGCCCGAGAGCGGAGGAUGUGGAGGCUCCUUAUAAGAGUCUUUGCAUCUGUACAACCUCAGAGAAACUUAAAAGCUGCUGUUGUCCACCGGAGCCACUUGUCUGCUUCUUCAGCGCCAGCCUCGUCGGUUCCUGGCUUUGUUUUGAAGCCCACAAUGGAGCAUAAACUGUACCGACCCCCUCCAGAUGUUCGGGGUAUGACCUGUCUGGACAAAGAGGCCUUCACACAGACCAUCUCUGUCCCUGCUCUACGGGUGCCCACUCGGGUUUUAAACAAAGUGGUCAAGAGCCUGAAGAAGUCCACCAUCCAGCGCCCUGGAGUGCCCAGAGUGCUCCAAGAGAAAGAGGAGGGUAGUGACUUUCGGUUGGUCCUGUUGGACCCUCACAGAGUGACUUCGCCCACCUCUUUCAGUGAGGCCGAGGCCGAGGCUCUGAGGUCUUUCAGUGUCUCUCAGGAGCUGCAGCACUAUGAUCUGAGGCUCACCUACGACAACUUGAAGAGCGAAGAGGUGCUGGAGGCUGUGCUGCCUCAGGGUCAGGAUGUGACUUCUUCUUUCAGCAGGGUGGGACACAUCGCACACAUGAACCUGAGGGACCACCAGCUCCCUUACAAGAACCUCAUAGGUCAAGUCAUCAUGGACAAAAAUCCUGGCGUCACCUGUGUGGUCAAUAAGACAAACACCAUCGACUCCACUUACCGCAACUUUAAGAUGGAGAUGCUAGCUGGAGAGGAAAACAUGGUCGCCAAAGUGAGAGAAAACGGGGUGGCAUACGAGUUUGAUUUUUCUCGUGUGUACUGGAACCCCAGGCUGAGUACUGAGCAUCAGCGUGUGGUGCAGCUCGUCAAACGUGGGGACACCGUGUUUGAUGUGUUUGCCGGCGUUGGUCCCUUUGCCAUCCCUGCUGCCCGCUCCGGUGCCAACGUGGUGGCCAACGAUCUCAACCCAGAGUCCUACCGAUGGCUUCAGCACAACUGCAAACUCAACAAGGUGGAGAGCAAAGUCCGAACCUUCAACCUUGAUGGACGAGCGUUCAUCCAGGGACCUGUGAAGCAGGAGCUGCCUGCACUGCUGAAGAAAAAAGCUGUAAUCCACGUGGUGAUGAACCUGCCCGCCUUGGCUCUGGAAUUCCUGGAUGCAUUCAGGGGCCUGUUGCACAGAGAGCAUGUCUGUGAAGAGAGCCUACCCACAGUGCACUGCUACGGCUUCUCAAAAGAUAAUGAACCUGAGACAGACGUGGUGAAGAGGGCGUCCAGUAGCCUUGGAUUCCCUGUGGAGGAGCGGUGUUCAGUGCAUUUUGUGCGUAAUGUAGCACCAAACAAGGAUAUGAUGUGUGUGACAUUCACACUCCCCAAAGAGGUCCUCUUCAGCAGUGAUCAUGAGCAGACAGAGUCGUCAAGUGAACCACCACCAAAAAGACAGAAAUGUGAGGAAGCUACAGGUUCAACGUGAUGAUCAUAUUAACCGUGUACUGUAAGGAAUACAAGAACAAAAUUAAAGUUGAGAUUUUUUUUUUAACAAAGUCAUACUUUUUUUUUUUUAAUGUCUUUGCAUCUUCUCGCAGAAAGAAAGUUGUUUCACUUCAAAAUAAAAAUGUAAAGACAGAAACA